ACAGCAAAACCCGGAACUCUCGUGGCUGUCGGUGGCCCGGCACCCACGUGGGCUGGGCUGGGGGUCGCGCCGCUGGUCCGGCAGGAGAGAGGCGCCAUGGGCAAGCUGCGCCGGCGUUACAACCUCAAGGGGCGCCUGCAGGCGGGCCCCGACCCCUCGAAGGGGCCGCCUGCGCCGCCCGCGGUGCGGCUGGAGCUGGAGGACAAGGACACACUGAAAGGAGUGGACGCCAGCAAUGCCCUUGUGCUGCCCGGGAGAAAGAAGAAGACGACCAAGGCCCCUCCCUUGUCCAGGAAGGAGAAGAAGCCUUUGACCAAGAAGGAAAGGAAAGUGCUGCAGAAAAUCUUGGAGCAGAAGGAGAAGAAGAGCCAGCGAGCGGAGAUGCUGCAGAAGUUGAGUGAGGUCCAGGUGUCGGAAGCCGAGAUGAAACUCUUGUACACCACGUCUAAGCUGGGCACUGGCCACCGCAUGUACCACAGCAAAGAGAAGCCCGAUGAAACAGCAGCACAGGGCCACCAGAAGAUCAGCAGCCUCGUGGGGGCUCACCGGAAGCGCCCCCACUGGCCAGCAGAGGAGGAGGCUGAGUCCUCGGGGGAUUCUGGGCCUGAGGAGACGGGGGAUUCUGAGCCUGAGGAGAUGGCUGCUGAGGCCACCACAGCACAGCUUCCACCGGCCCCAGCUGGGGGUAGGCAGGAGAGCCCUGCACCCCACGGGCAGCCCUCUGCAGCUACAGCAUCUUCUCCCUCAAAGGGAGCAACCUCCAAUCUGCCAAGGCCCCUGGCGAAGCCCGCCGUGUUUGUCCCCGUGAACCGCGUGCCCGAGAUGCAGGAAGAGCGGCUCAAGCUCCCGAUCCUCGCGGAGGAGCAGGUGAUCAUGGAGGCGGUGGCCGACAACCCUAUCGUCAUUGUAUGUGGCGAGACGGGGAGUGGGAAGACCACACAGGUGCCCCAAUUUCUCUACGAAGCAGGCUACAGCAGCGAUGACAGCAUCAUUGGUGUCACAGAGCCCCGCCGAGUGGCUGCCGUGGCCAUGUCCCAGCGAGUGGCCAAGGAGAUGAAUCUGUCACAGAGGAUCGUCUCCUACCAGAUCCGUUACGAAGGAAACGUGACCAGUGAGACCAGGAUCAAGUUCAUGACGGAUGGUGUAUUGCUCAAAGAAAUCCAGAAGGACUUCCUGCUGCUCAAGUACAGGGUGGUGAUCGUGGACGAAGCCCACGAGCGCAGCGUGUACACGGACAUUCUCCUCGGCCUCCUGUCCCGCAUCGUGGUCCUCCGGGCAAAGAGACACCUGCCCCUGAAGCUGCUCAUCAUGUCGGCUACACUGAGGGUGGAGGACUUCACCCAGAACCAGCGGCUCUUCCCCCAGCCGCCUCCCGUCAUUAAGGUGGAGUCCAGGCAGUUCCCCGUGACCGUGCACUUCAACAAGCACACGCCACUGCAGGACUACAGCGGCGAGUGCUUCCGGAAGGUCUGCAAGAUCCACCGGAUGCUGCCUGCAGGUGGCAUCCUGGUGUUCCUUACGGGGCAGGCGGAGGUGCACGCGCUGUGCCGCAGGCUCAGGAAGGCCUUCCCAGCCUCCAGGUCCCGGGCACCAGAGAAGGAAGACAAGAAGGACUCGGUGGAGGAAAUGCGGAAGUUCAAGAAGUCCCGGGCUAGGGCAAAGAAGGCUCGGGCUGUGACGCUGCCCCAGAUCAAUCUGGAUAACUACUCGGUGCUGCCAAUGGGCGAAGGCGAUGAGGACAGGGAGGCGGAGAUGGACGACGAGGAGGAGGCCCUGGGCUCCGACCUUGAUUUGGACCUGGGGGAUGACGGGGAUGACGGAGGUGAGCAGCCGGACACCUCCCUGCCCCUCCACGUGCUCCCGCUCUACUCCCUGCUGGCCCCCGAGAAGCAAGCGCAGGUCUUCAGGCCUCCCCCAGAGGGGACGAGGCUGUGUGUUGUGGCCACCAACGUGGCCGAGACGUCCCUCACCAUCCCAGGCAUCAAGUAUGUGGUGGACUGUGGAAAGGUCAAGAAGCGCUUCUAUGACCGCGUCACGGGUGUAUCCUCCUUCCGUGUCACCUGGGUCUCCCAGGCAUCAGCUGACCAGCGAGCAGGCCGCGCAGGCCGGACAGAACCAGGCCACUGCUACAGGCUGUACUCCUCUGCGGUCUUCGGUGACUUUGAGCAGUUCCCUCCUCCUGAGAUCACCCGCAGGCCCGUGGAGGACUUGAUUCUGCAGAUGAAAGCUCUCAACAUUGAGAAGGUCAUCAACUUCCCCUUCCCAACGCCUCCCUCCACGGAGGCCCUCGUGGCUGCUGAGGAGCUGCUGAUCGCACUGGGGGCCCUGCAGGCUCCCAAGCAGGCAGGAAGGUUGAAGCAGCUGCAGAGGUCCCGGCUGAGCUGCCCCAUCACGGUGCUGGGCAGGACCAUGGCCACCUUCCCUGUGGCACCCCGUUAUGCUAAGAUGCUGGCGCUGAGCCGGCAACACGGCUGUUUGCCCUAUGCCAUCGCCAUUGUGGCUGCCAUGACGGUGCGGGAGCUGUUUGAGGAGCUGGACAGGCCAGCAGCCAGCGAGGACGAACUUGCCAUGCUGAAGGCCAGGCGGUCACGGGUGGCCCAGGUGAAGCGGGCCUGGGCGGGGCAGGGAGCCUCCCUGAAGCUCGGUGACCUCAUGGUGCUGCUGGGUGCCGUGGGAGCCUGCGAGUAUGCCGGCUGCUCGCCCCAGUUCUGUGAGGCCAACGGGCUGCGGUACAAGGCCAUGCUGGAGAUCCGGCGCCUGCGGGGCCAGCUGACCACUGCAGUCAAUGCCGUGUGCCCUGAGGCUGGGCUCUUCGUGGAUCCCAAGAUGCAGCCACCCACUGAGAGCCAGGUGACCUACCUGCGACAGAUGGUGACGGCCGGCCUGGGUGAUCACCUGGCCCGCAGGGUGCAGAGUGAGGAGCUGCUGGAUGAGAAGUGGAGGAACGCCUACAAGACCCCUCUCCUGGAUGACCCUGUCUUCAUCCACCCCAGCUCCGUCCUUUUCAGAGAGCUCCCCGAGUUCGUGGUCUACCAGGAAAUCGUGGAGACCUCCAAGAUGUACAUGAAAGGUGUCUGCACCGUGGAGGUCCAGUGGAUUCCAGCCCUGCUGCCCUCCUACUGCCAGUUUGACAAGCCCCUGGAGGAGCCAGCCCCCACCUUCUGCCCCGAGCAGGGGCGGGUGCUUUGUCACCGGACCAGCGUGUUCUAUCGUGUCAGCUGGCCACUCCCUGCCGUCCAGGUGGACUAUCCAGAGGGCCUCGACCGCUACAAGCACUUUGCGCGGUUUCUGCUGGAAGGGCAGGUCUUCUGCAAGCUGGCUUCCUACCAGGGCUGCCUGCUCUCCAGCCCGAGCACCAUGCUGAAGACGUGGGCCAGGCUGCAGCCACGCACGGAGAGUCUGCUGAGGGCCCUCGUUGCCGAGAAGGCCGACUGUAGGGACGCCCUGCUGGCCGCCUGGAAGAAAGACCCCAAAUACCUACUGGCUGAGUACUGUGAGUGGCUCCCGCAGGCCAUGCACGCCAGUGUCGAGAAGGCCUGGCCCCCCACCUCUGACCGCUGACUGGACACUUGGCUGCAGGACUGGACUGGAGACUGAAGGGGGACUGAAGGGGCUGGCAGCACCCAGCAUGUCCCCCAGCCCCCUGGCCUGCUUCCUUUUUCAUAACUAUUUAUUAUAAGGUGGACAAUUGUCGGACCUCCCAUCUGGUCCUAUGUUAGACGUGUUCUAUGGGCUACAUUAGCCCCCGUGGAACUCAGGACUGGGGGCACCUGCCAGCCCUCCACAGAGCUGUGGAGCCCCUCCCUGUGGCAGAAGGAGCCCCCAGGGCUGCCCAGCCCUGGGCCUUGUCUCCGAGCUGUCCCACGUGGCAGGCCCACCUCACAGCUCCGCUCUCACCUGAGGGCCUCCCUGUGAAAGGCUGGCCACAGGGACUGAUCCUGGACAGGCUGGAAGGCUCCCCACACCCACCCUUUUUAUUUUGAGGACAUGGCCUCCACUGCUGAAACUAGCCUCUCACCUGUGGUGCCUCUGCCUCAGCCUCCCAAGUCUGGGAUGACCAGUGGGAGCCACCGAGCCUGGCAGUGCCCCACCACCUAACUGGUUCAGUUAGGUGGGUGCCGCGCGGUUUUCCGUGUGAGGCGUCCCCAAGGCUCACAUAGGAGGCAGUGUAAGAAGUUCCCAGGUAGAGUAGGUGGCUCCAGGGCCCCACCUGUCAGCAGGAUAGGGACUGGACUAACUAAGGAUAGUGGUAACUAGAGGCAGGAAGGAGGGGUCUAGGGGCUGGACCCCCUAGCGGGGGCAUGCUGUGAGGUUGUAUUUUGCCCCUGUCACGGCUUGCUCUGCUUCCUGGUGCUAUGUCCUGAGCCACUCUCCAUGUCCCUCCACCAUGGCYUCCUGCCGCACUCCGCCCAGAGCUGGGGACCCUCUGUCUGUGGACCAGGACCUGCAGCUGAGCCCCAGGAAACUUCUCUGUUGCUGUCAGUCUUCUGGUCACAGCACAGUUUUGGUCAACUGUCACCACCAUCUGCGUGCCUCACACCCUCCCGUUCAGCUGCGUGACACGCCCAUCCCUCCCCUGACCCUUCCUCCCUGUGGACCUGCGUGCUCCACAGUCCGUGCCCCACAGUCCACACCUUUUCRUUAUUGUGAA